AUCCAUAUGUAUGCACACACACAGACAUCUCACACGAUCCAAUUAUAUCCUGCUUAAAGAGGAAGGUAGCUAGCUAGGCUGCAUCUUUCAGCUGCGCCUGGUCAAACAUGGCUUCCAUGGGGUUUAGCUAUGCGCAGGUACAUGUGCGGCAGGAGAAGGUCCGGCAGAGGAUCAGCCAACAAGAAGCCGCCAACAACUCGACCGUGAAGAACAAGAACAAGAGUAUCGGUGAAGAAGACAAGAUCAACAAGAGAAACUGCGACUCAUGGGCCGCCGCCGGCAGGGUGCAUCCGUGCGCAUCUUCCACGGCGGCGGCGGCGGCGGCUGGGCCGGUGCCGGAGAGGUGAGGCUGGCUGGCGAUGAGUUUUCUCUUCAGGCCACAAGAGGCUUGAUUCGAGAGUUUAGUUUGUGUUUGUGACUAGUCUUAGCUUCUCUCAAUAUUUCCUCAAGGGAAUAAAGAUGUAUGCUAGUAUGUUUGCUUGUCUCAAUAGUGCCAAUAUUUCAACGACCAACAAUCAAAUAUACUUCAGCCACAGUUAUCUGAUA